CCUUGACGACAACUGGCAGUCACAGUUAAAUCUAAUUCUACUCUAGUGUUUGACGUGUAACUAUCACUUUCCACCCUAACAUCAUCAUACGGACAUAGCCAUGUAAAGAAACGUCAUCGCCUUAGUAUUGCGACUGUAUCAUACAAUAAACGUAUAUCCUACUCAUCAACCGCCAAGCGCGUGAAAGCAAUUCAGGAUUCCGAGGCCCCAAAGCAAGUCGCGCGUGCACGAAAGCGGUCAGCCAGGAAGAAGCCCAUCUUGUCUUACUCGAGCAGAGAGGCAAGAUUGAGACACACAGGUCUUCAGCGCAGCUAAUUGCUGCGAAGGAGGAUAGCAAUAGGAAUUAUACAGUCCCUCCUGGGCUAUGCCGAAUUAUUCGACCAUUUCUGGAGAGAGCUCCGCCUCUACCGGCGAUAUGACAAGACAAAAACGGGCUCGCGGCCGUCCCAAAGACACUGGAGGAGGGCAGGCCACCAUGAUUAGCAGUGUUAUUAACCUUCUUAAUACCAUUAUCGGCGCCGGCACGCUAGCGAUGCCCUCGGCCAUGUCGCACUUCGGAAUGGUAGCCGGAGUCAUCGUAAUCCUAUGGUCAGGAUUUACAUCUGCCUUCGGCCUAUACCUUCAGUCCCGAUGCGCACGAUAUAUCGACCGUGGCACCUCGUCGUUCUUCGCCCUAUCCCAAAUGACAUAUCCUAACGCCGCUGUUAUUUUCGAUGCUGCGAUUGCCAUAAAGUGUUUCGGGGUUAGUGUAUCAUAUAUAAUUAUCAUCGGCGACUUAAUGCCAGGUGUGGUGGAAGGCUUUGACGGCAGAGCGGCUGAUAUCCCAUAUUUGAUGGACCGUAACUUUUGGAUCACCGUCUUUAUGCUCGUUAUAAUUCCUCUAAGCUUCUUAAGACGCCUAGAUUCUCUCAAGUACACCAGCAUUAUUGCCCUGGUUUCGAUAGGGUAUUUGAUCGUGCUAGUUGUCUACCACUUCGCUUCGGAUGUUCUUGCACCCAGAGAUAAAAUCCGGUUUGUCUCGUGGGGAGGGCCCGUGGAAGCUCUCGCCAGCUUACCAGUGGUUGUUUAUGCAUACACCUGCCACCAAAAUAUGUUUUCCAUUCUCAACGAGAUAUCGAAUAAUUCCCCCGCCAGCAUAAUGGGUGUUAUAUUUUCUAGCAUUGGCUCUGCUGCUGGUGUCUACAUACUGGUCGCUAUUACUGGUUACUUGACCUUUGGCAACGAUGUUACAGGCAAUAUUGUCUCCAUGUAUCCCGCAUCGGUUGCUUCUACUAUCGCCAAGGCGGCUAUUGUCGUUCUUGUAACAUUUUCGAUCCCGUUACAAAUACAUCCGUGCCGAGCAUCUGUAGAUGCAGUUCUUAAAUGGCGACCUAAAGAUGUGACUCGCCCUCAAGGGCGGACAAAUUCCCCCGGCGGCCGACCGCUUCUCCCAAACCCCGCCCAAUCACGAUCAGAUCAUGGACCGAGCGCGCCUAUGUCAGACGUGCGCUUUGCCGUUUUAAGCACAAUUAUCAUAGUGUUAGCUUAUAUCGUUUCUCUAACUGUGGUGUCCUUAGAACGAAUGUUGGCUUAUGUCGGUUCUACGGGGAGCACGAGCAUUAGUUUCAUUCUUCCAGGUCUAUUUUACUACAAAAUCUCAGAUCCUAAUUCGAUCCACCAGCAACGCCUAACUAAAGAAGAUGACGAUGUGCUCUCUCCCCCUAGCUCCGAUUCUGAAGAGGGAGACGCGGACGAAGGGCUUCUAGGGAGAAGCGUGGACAGCAUCCACAGCGUGGCAAGCGGUUCAAGUACUAAGAGUAAGAAUACGAAGUCUCCAUGGCGCUGGCGGAGGAAGUGGAGGUGGGAUAUGGAGCAUAUUAACCCCGAGCUCUUAAGAGGAGCGGCGCUUGCCUUGUCCAUCUACGGCGUAUGUGUUAUGGUUGUAUGCCUAGGGAUGAACUUGGUCGGUACCGUAACAGCACAUUAACUUGGGAGACUUAUCCCAUCCAAGAUUCUAAGGAUCAUGAGAUAGAUCCAAGACCCUCAAUUAGUAUCGCGCACAUUUAGGGGUUCAGUGUCUCUUACUUUCUUUCUGCAUCUGUAGGAGUUUGGGGUAUGGCUACUUCAUUGUACAUAUACAUUUGGUUUCCCAAUGUUUCUUAGUGCUGGGAUUGAAUAUAAUUUGUCUGCGACGUUGUGUGAUCUUUAUAAUACACUAUAUUCGAAGCUUGUUCGCGGCUGACUAUUUUCAG